AUGGACCGCGUGCAGCUCCUGCUCCUGGGCCUCCCCAUCCUCCUCUUCUGCUCCGACGUCGUCACGCUCUUCGCGCCGCAGCCGCCGGCGGCCCCCAAGCCCCACCGCCACCCCCAGCCGGCCUCCGGCGCCUUCCAGCCUGGCGACUCCUCCCCCGACGCCGCCGAUUCCGCGCAGGUGGCGGAGGCGCAGGUGGAUGGACCUGGCUCCGGCACCACCGUCGAGCUGAAGUUCUGCGCAUCCUGCUCCUACAAGGGAAAUGCGAUGACCAUGAAGCGCAUGCUGGAUACCUCAUUUCCUGGGAUUCAUGUCGCCUUGGAAAACUACCCUCCACCCUUCCCAAAACGCGCCCUCGGCAAAAUGGUGCCUUUUGUUCAAGUUGGAGCAAUAGCAACAUUAAUGGCUGGUGAUCAGAUUUUCCCUAGAUUUGGAAUGGUACCACCUCCGUGGUACUACUCACUGCGUGCUAAUAGGUUUGGAACCAUGGCAUCAGUCUGGAUGUUUGGCAAUUUUGCUCAGUCUCUUCUACAAAGUUCUGGCGCCUUUGAAGUUUACUGCAAUGGACAACUGGUCUUCUCAAAAUUAUCUGAGCAGAGGUUUCCUAGUGAGUUCGAGCUACAGGAGCUCAUUGGCAACAGAAUAUCAGAUUCUCAAAUUGGAAAAAAUCUGGAAAAAGGACUUGUAUUAGAUGAUGAUGUCAAGAGUACUCACGACCAUUUAUCUCUACAUGAUUUGCUUAAAAGUGGAAACUAA